UGUCUUGCACAUGAAAUAACAAUACUGAAAAGCUGCAUGUUUAUAUUGCAAUAAUCGAUUUUAUACUGAAAAAUAUUGCACAAAGUUGGAUUGAUAACAUGUUACCACACAUUUGAUUAGCAUCAAAACUAAAGAAGUACUUGCCGGCGCACAGGGAGGAGGAACUGAACACCCCAGGCCACGCACAUCCUUCUGUCACUCACAUGUGUGAGAGCUCACAAGACAUCCGUCUGUCUGAGAUUCAGUCAGGUGUUAUGAAUCUAACACUCAGUGGCAUGUUAUGAAGUCCAAUGUUCUGGCUGACUUUAAUCCCGGUCCUGCUGCACCUCACCCGGGGAAACAGCCCAUGUUUUGGCCGGUCUCUGGGGAUCAGCCCAUCCAGGACUCAGUUCUUCAAACGGGAGAGUUUGAGGUUAUACUGCGGAGCUGAUGAGCGUAUAAUGACUAACUCUAAAUCAGUUACUUGCUCUCAGAAGAGCCAUGAAUGUAAUAUUACACUGGCAGGAGAACAUCACAGCGGUUCUUACUGGUGUGACUCUAACUCUGGAGAACGAGGGGAAGCGGUCAACAUCACAGUGACUGGAGGGUCUGUGAUCCUAAAGAGUCCUGUCCACCCUGUACCAGAAGGAACUUCUGUUACACUUCACUGCCUGUCCCAGAAGCUAGAUGUCGUGAAACCAAUAAACGAGUCCUGUAACUUCUCCAAAGAUGGGCUGCUCAUUGGGGUUGGUUUGACGGGAGAGAUGAGUUUUGCUGCUUUCAACAGAUCUCAUGAAGGCCUCUACACGUGUACCUUCUCUGGUGUUGAGUCUCCAGGGAGCUGGCUGGCUGUCAGAGGUGAUCUCCUUUCCUCAGCAACCUCCUCCACCGAACCCCCCCCCCCCACCAAUCACCACCUGCUCCUCCCAUUGGUCUACGCUGGACCGCCCCUCCUCCUGAUGGUUCUACUGGGAGUAGUGGGAGGAUGCUGCUGGAGAAGGAGUCGCAAAGAAGCCGAAGAAGCUGCCUCAGAGGAUGAGGUUCAUGCGGAUGUAGUCCAAAAUAAAACUAAGAAAAAAGAGCGAGAUAGGUCAGACUGCGAGUCUACAUGUAGUUACGGAGAAAGUCUGCAACCCCAGCCCAUCAGAAUACCAGAUCCACCUCUCUACAGUCUCCUGGGUUCCAACAGAUCGUUGCAGUCUGUUGCAGACACAAAAUGUCAACAAUUGUGGCUUCCUGAUAAGAAUUUAAAACGAUGAUAAGAUCUGUCCUUCCACAUGCUUGAACAAAUUCUAAAUCACUUAUGUAUUGUGCUUGAUUCUUACCAUAUACAGCUUUUAGUUUGGAUCUUUUAUCAAGUGUAAAAACAUGGGGUUGAAGAUCCACUUGAGUUCACUGUGGUACCUGUGGUGCCGUUUGUCAUUUGCCUGUGGUAACUACUGCUGGACACAUGAGAUAAGCAUAUAAUGUUGUCAUCACAAAUAGAGAUAUGGGAUGUAGGUAGUUUAGAUUUAUGUGUUUUAGUUAGUCUUAUCAGGUGUCUCACUACUUUGAUGAUGGUUGAACUGUAAAAUAAAGAAGACAUUUAGUCAGA